CGGUACGUUUGGCGCCAGCAGAAGGGGAACGGGUAAUGCCGUUAUUAUCAUCUCUUCGUGACCCAUCGCUUGCCAUUCUGGACCGAGCGGCGAGCGCCACCAUGUCCACCGCCGCCACCUCCGCCCAUAUCAUCCACCAUGCCACCGCCCGCAUCUCUGAAAUUCUCUCCCAACCCGACCUCCGCCGCCGCCUCUUCUCCGCCUUCUGCAGCAAACUCCCUUCCUCUGAUCAAAUCAUUCUCAAACCCCUCAAGCUCGCAGCUGAAACUGUCGAAAAUGCAAUGUCCAUCUCUAACCCGUCCGUCCAAUCCUCCUCCCUUCGCCUCGCAGAAAAGCUUCUCGUGUCUUUCCCCGAAAACCCUUUUUCUUCGUUCCUCCUCUCGUUGAUUUACUCUCUCUGCCACUGCCCUGUUGAUGCUGCAAUUAGCCUCCUUGACUUGUUCUGCAUUGACCCUCUUUUGGCACGAUCAGAAAUUGCACCCUCGGUGUUUGAAGAAUUGUUUCUGAUACAUCUUCUUCCUGUUCUUCAGUGGUUCAAUGACCAUAGGUCAAAAAUUUUGUCACCAAAUACUGGCUAUGAUUUUGAUGAUAGGUCUAUUUGUGAUGACUCGGUGGUUAUCUCGAGCACACGGUUGUUGUCACAGAUGAGUGGCGAUCAGGCUUCAGAGUUAACCGAGUUGGAGAGAGCGUAUGAAGAGGUCCUUGAUGCGAAUUGCAGAGUUUUUGCUGAGUACUUCCAAGAGGUUUUGGCAAACACAGAUGGAAAGUGUGUGAUCUGCCUGCCACCUGUCAUAUUGGAAAAAAUUGAAAGGGUUGAUAAAUUUGAAAAUAGCCAAGAUGAGAAGAUCAAAUCCGGAGAACCGGGAUUUGAAAACGGACGGUAUAAUCCAAUGUGGGGUGAAGGAGAAAAGUCAGUUGAAUUACAGAGUAGAAGUGGCAAAAGCUUGUCCAAGUUUCCAUCCUUUUGUCCUGAAAGAGUCUCUCCAAAAGUCCUUAUAAGCCAAAGAUCGUUGGGGAAAUCGAAAACAUCACAAAGAAAUGAUUUUGAUUCUGAACUCGACCCUUCUUCGGCUGACAAUAUGAGUGAUCUGUCUUCAUCAGAUUCUGAAGCUGAAAUAGAGGUAAAGAACAAAACGCUGGCGUUGUUUGACUUUAGCCAGGCCCAAAGGCAAAAGCAGACUAUUUCUGCGGAAACAAGUUCUCCAGAUCUUCUCAUGGCCGAGAUUGAUAACCCACCUGGUGGAGGGAAACACACACCACCUAAGGACUUUGUCUGUCCUAUAACUACUCACAUAUUUAAUGAUCCAGUGACUCUUGAGACAGGUCAGACUUACGAACGUAAAGCAAUCCAAGAAUGGCUAGGGAGGGGAAACUGCACAUGUCCAAUUACACGCCAAAAGCUGCAGAGUACUCAACUGCCUAAAACAAAUUAUGUACUUAAACGGCUCAUAGCAAAUUGGCGAGAACAGAACCCUAGUUCAAGUCCCAGCCAAUCUGAGAACUCAUUUCCAGAAAGUGAUCCAGUUUUCAACUCAAUGGUGCGGUCAACUUCUCCAAACAGUGUUAUUGGUCAAGCUAUCUUUGAUGGCAAUAUUAGUGAGCUGCGACUAGCAAUUACUAACCUUUGUAUGUCAGAAAUUUUAGAGGAGUCUGAAGUGGCAGUCAUCCAAAUUGAAAAGUUCUGGAGAGCCAAUGUGGAACUUGAGAUGCAAACUAUGCUCUCAAAACCUGCAGUUGUUAACGGGUUUGUGGAGAUCCUUUUCAACUCUGUUGAUCCCAGAGUGUUGACUGCAACAGUUUUUCUCCUGUCUGAGCUGGGAUCAAGAGACAGUGCUGUGAUCCAGACGCUAACCAGAGUUGAUUCUGAUGUGGAGUGUAUUGUUGCUCUCUUCAAGAAGGGAUUGCUGGAAGCUGUGGUGUUGAUUUACCUUUUAAGACCCUCUGCAUUGAGCCUGAUUGAGAUGGAUAUUGUUGAUACACUUUUAACAGUUACUAAAAAAAGACAGGAUGAAAUGUUUAAAAUGUGUAUGAAACCAAAGACAGCAGCAUUGAUCUUGAUGGGGCAAAUAAUCGGAAGUUCUGAGGAGACUAGCAUAUUUGAAAUCGUUACGAGGAUGAUUUCAGAAAAAGCAAUUGAAGUUAUUGUCACCAGCAUGCAAGCUGAUUUGGCAGAGGAAAGGAUAGCAGCUGUUGGGAUCUUGCGAAGAUCCAUGCAGUUGGAAGGCAAGUGUAGGAACAUCAUUGCUGAAAAGGCUGAAUUGGCCCCUCUUUUGGAGAGUUUGAUGGGGGCUAAGGAUGGAGAGUGGUUUGAGAUAGUUCACUUCCUCUCUGAAUUAGUUAAGCUGAAAAGUAGGACAUUUAAUGAGCAAGUCCUCCAUAUUAUAAAGGAUGAGGGUACUUCUAGUACAAUGCACACUCUCCUGGUAUAUCUACAGACAGCCCUGCAAGAUCAAUCUCCUAUUGUAGCUGGUCUCCUUCUCCAGCUUGACCUUCUGGCAGAGCCAAGAAAGAUGAGCAUAUACCGAGAAGAGGCAAUAGAUACUCUUAUUGCAUGUCUAAGAAAUUCAGACUUCCCUGCUGUUCAAAUAACAGCUUCUGAGACCAUUUUGGCCCUUCAGGGGAGGUUCUCUUCUUCUGGAAAAUCCCUUGCCCGGGCUUAUCUUCUUAAACGGGCAGGACUAGACAAAAGAUAUAAAGCUCUAAUGAAAAAGGAGCAGCUUAGCAUCACAUCUGGAGAGGUUCAAGAAAAUUUGUUACAGGAGGAAGAGAAAGCUGCUGAGGAUUGGGAAAGAAAAAUGGCGUACGUUCUUGUUAGCCAUGAAUUUGGUUUACUGUUUGAGGCUUUAGCAGAAGGCUUAAAGAGUAGAUAUGAAGAGUUAUGUUCAGCAUGCUUUGUGUCAGCCACGUGGCUUGUACACAUGCUCAAUGUUCUUCCAGACACUGGUAUACGAGGAGCUGCUCGUGUCUGCUUGUUGAAGCGCUUUGUUUCAAUAUUCAAGUCUGCAAAGGAUACUGAAGAUAGAGUUCUUUCCAUGCUUGCUCUGAACAGCUUCAUCUCUGAUGCUGAUGGGAUGCGUGAUGUAACUCCUUACAUUAAGGAUAUCCUAAAAGGUCUGAGAGAGCUCAGGAAAUCAUCCACCCUGGCAUUUGAUAUGCUGAAAGUUUUCUCAGAGGGGCAUGACUCCAGUGCUGACCUGUGGAAUCAUAAAGAAUUAGUUCAAGAAGAUUGCAGUUCAAAUGGAGAAGUGUUGUCAAUAUUUUGCUUCAAAGAUAAGAUAUUUUCUGGUCAUUCAGAUGGAACCAUAAAGGUGUGGACUGGCAGAGGUAGCAUUCUGCAUCUUGCCCAAGAAACACGAGAGCAUACCAAAGCGGUUACUAGCUUGGCAAUUCUGCACUCUGGAGAUAAACUUUACAGCGGUUCACUUGAUAGGACUGUGAGGGUUUGGUCCAUCAGCAGUGAAGUAAUGAAUUGCACACAAGUUCAUGAUAUGAAGGAUCCCAUUAACAGUCUAGUAGUUUCCAAUAGCAUUUCCUGCUUCAUUCCACAAGGGGCUGGCAUUAAGAUGCACUCAUGGGGUGGGGGAUCGAAGUUGUUAAAUCCAAAUAAAUACACAAAGUGCCUGGCCCUUUUUCAUGGGAAAUUAUACUGUGGGUGCCAGGAUAAUAGUAUUCAGGAAGUUGAUUUAGCAACUGGAACACUUGGUACAAUUCAAUCCGGCUCCAGGAAGUUACUCGGGAAGGCCAACCCCAUCCACGCAUUGCAUGUUCACGAUGGGCUAAUAUAUGCAGCUAGCUCUCCCUUAGAUGGGGCAGCAGUGAAGAUAUGGAGAGCUUCAAAUUACAGCAUGGUUGGAUCAUUACCAUCAACAUUGGAGGUGAGGGCCAUGGCUGUAAGCUCUGACCUGAUAUAUUUGGGCUGCAAGGGUGGGGCUGUUGAAGUUUGGUGCAGAAAGAAGUAUAAUAGAGUUGAAACAAUACAAACAGGUUCAAAUGCUAAAAUUCUUUGCAUGGCUCUUGAUGCUGAUGAAGAUGUUCUCAUCAUUGGAAAAUCUGAUGGUAGAAUUCAGGCAUGGGGGCUGAGCUGAAUGAGGAUGACAAUUACAUUUCAAAAAGCAUAUUUGCCAGCUUUUAAACCAUUGAUUCAUAUUCUUUAGGUUUUAAAUAAGCUUCUCAAUUGAAGGGGCAUUCUAAAGCAGUGUAUAGUCCAAAGUGUGACAAAAUUAUCCUUCUUGUCAAACUAAUAUGCCUCUUUGUGUCAUUGUACAGAUGUUCUAUAUGCAAUAAAAAGAAAGAUCUUGGAUCUAUCUUCCAUGAUCUAUCUUCCAUCC